AAAGGUAUUAGUACACCUAACAGAGGGCGUAUUCCAAUGCUGGUUUGUCGGUUUAGUCAGAAACGAAACCUAGAAACCCAACAACAACGACGAGCUCCUCUUCCGUGGUAGCUGGGCGAUCAGAAUUAGCAGCUGACGCAUCAUCACCAAUCUUUUCCAUUAACUAUUAGCUUAUAGGCAACUCCCGGAGGACCCGUGCAGAGAAAGCUAUACGACCAUGAGCAACUUAAUGUUAAGAGAGGACUUCAUUGAUUGGUGGACUUCAUUGGUAGCGGUUAUUGCCUUGCUCUGGAUCCUUUUUUUAUUCGACGGCAACCAGGUGCACGAGUUGCGGCUGCUCUUCCAGGCGCUCACCAAGGCGACAUGCCUCCUCUACUUGGCGAUCCUCCAGCUACGUCGCGCGGCCAGCCACAUCAUCCGCGGCGCGAGCAACUUUUUGAACCGCGCCCAACAGCAGCCCCCUCCAUAUUCCCUUAAAGGAAACACGAAACACAGCGCCCACCACCAACCUCAUUGGCGGAGGGGCACGCUACACUUCAUAGAAGCGAUAUGCUUGGUGUGUGAAACAGUUCCCAAUCUGACGUGCGCGGUGCUGCUCAGCUUGGGCGAGGCGCUCUCCCACGCCUUGCAGUUUUUUUGUUGCGUGCUGGCCGCCCCGUUACGCUGCAUUCAGGCGUUACUGUUCUCGCAAAUGAACGGAGAGAAAGAGAGGUGGGACGAAGAGCGCCACCGCUUGAAAGAGACCGAGAAAAAUAUGAACUCCAAAGUGCUGGAGUACAUCUCGCUGUGUGGUCAAGACCCCUUCACUGCUCUGCGAAGAGUGGCCGUGCCCCCGAGAUAAAAUAUCUUUAUUCAUCGCUUAACAUAUUAUAAUGUAGGGGAUACAUGUAAGAUAAUGCUUUAUAUUGGCUGAAUGGCACUAAAGGGCGCUUCGUGUAGUCUCUAAAGGAGUUAUGUGGCUGAAAAGCAUUAAUUGUGUGCAAUAGUUGUGGCUUGAAAAGAAUGCUUUGUAACCGGGGAUGAAACAAAUAUAAUAAAAAAUAUAUUUGUUCUACAACGCAGCCUGUGAAUUGUAUACAUCUUCAGUUAAGUUACAUUUCCUUUUUUUUUUAAACUUUUUUUUUGUUGCAGAUUCUGACCUACAGAAAUGAAAGAGAAAUCUCUCAAACAACAUUUAUAUUCAGACAGAUGUAUGAUUGUCAAGUUAUCUGGGUUAUGUUCUCAUUUGUGCUUGCCCAACUUGAAAUGGCACUGUUAGACAGAGGACGCAGGACAGCUCAAAUCCUUCUCCUUCCUUUUAUUGAACAU